AUGAUGCCGGGCGAAACAGACCUCCAACAGCUACUAAGCGGCAUCGAGCCCUUGCUCGACGAUGUGAUCUACACCUUCUGCACCAUCCCCCUCGACUCUCCCAUCCCACCAGGGUGUAUCGGUUCCUUUAACGAACGCGAAGGACGCACGCUCAUCCUCCCACUCGAGAUCGCCAUGACGGCUCCCGCCUUAACAGACGUCAAAUGGGCGGGAGAAUGGGCCAAGAUCACGCUUCAGAUCCAUUCCUCCCUCGAAGCGGUUGGAUUCAUCGCUGCUAUUGCUACUGCGUUGGGGAUAGAGGGCAUCAGUGCGAACGUCAUGUCGGGGUUCUAUCAUGAUCAUGUGUUCGUGCAGUGGGGCAGGAGGGGCGAUGCGAUGACGGUCAUUCGGGGGUUCGCGAAGAAAGAGUGA